AUGACCAACCAACUGGCCCACAAGUACGUUUUAAGCAAGUUUAUUUCUAGUUACUCGGGCCGCCUACCACCGCAUACUUUGGACAAUCCCAUCCGCAUCGUGACCCUCAUAGCAGCUGCUUCGUGCAAGCCGGGACUUCUAGAGUGGCGUGAGUGUACCAGACUUAUUGACCGGAGCACCGAUGUGGUGUGGAACUGUGUGCUACCUGAGCUGCGUAGACAAGUUCCCAAGAGGAACACGGUGGCAGGAAACCCCGUUCACUGCGUGGGAAACGCCGAGCUGUCCGAGGCCGCGCAACAAGUCUUGAGUUGUGGUCCAAAGUUCGCCAUGGCACCACGGCAAACCAGGCAGGAGCAACUUGCGAUGGUCAGGCAAGUUGCCGGAAAAGCUCCCGAGUCCGAGUUUGACCAUAAAGAAGGAGGGUUUGCGGUGCUUCCUAAGCAACUAUUCGACACAAAGGCAUCAGCAGCGGUUUCGACGGUCUUUUCCAAGUUCCCUGAGGUUGAUCUGAAGAAGGCAAAAUCAAGGGCGAUUAAGUUAUGCAGCCAGUUCAAACUGGAAGCCCUUAAAAAAAGUAUUAGCGAAGGCUCAAAGUUAAGCUUAGAUCUAUUCUUCUCUGCAAAAACUCACAAACCUGAUUGUCCGUUGAGGGUCAUUGUUUCUGAGAGCAAUACCUGGCAGAAGCAGUUAGCAAGCUUCUUGCAAGAAAAAUUAAGGAUUUUACCUAUUAAUGACCCCUUCAGAGUUAAGAACUCCGAAGAAGUAAUACAUUUUUUAACUGAGCACUCUCAUCAAGGUCACCUAGCAUUCUCUAUUGACAUAAAAGACUUGUAUUACAGCAUCCCGCAUGAUUAUCUAAUGACAAGUGUCAGCGAAUGCUUAGACAGGCACGGCGCUACGAAGUUUCAGAACGAAUCCGGGAUCCAUUGCAGUCAAUUUUUAGAAUUAAUUUCUAUGUACCUCAAAUCCACCUUUGCAGAAUGGAAUUGUGACAUUUACCUACAAAAAAACGGAAUUUGUAUCGGAUCAUGCAUAGCCCCAAUCCUGAGUGACCUGUACCUUGCUGUACGCGACAAGAAACUUAAAGAACGCCUUGACUAUCAAAAGGUUGUCCGUGUUUUUAGGUACGUUGACGAUUUUUUAGUUCUGUUAUGUUAUGACGAAGAAGGUUUUGACAAUGCCAUGUGCAGCACUAUUGAAGUGUUUACAGAAUGCCUCAGGCCCUUGGUGAUAACUCAUGAGGUACCUAAGAAUAAUUUUAUAAGAUUUUUAGAUCUUGGUCUGUACUGCUGUGCCGAUCAUGUGUGUUGGAGCUAUGAACCGAGAGGCAGCAAACCAGUUCUUCCAUAUCAUUCGGCCCAUUCGAAGCUAGUAAAAAGAGCAAUUGCGCGGUCAUGUUUUCAUCAUGCCCUAGUUAAAUCGUGCAUCCACCGAUGUGAGACAAGUUUUCUCAUCCAGACCCACCGCCUUCGUGAGUCAGGGUACCCGAUGGCCCUUCUGGCGUCAGUGGCGGAAGUACUGCUUAAAGGCUCCAGGAGCGGUUCCGCCGCAGCCUCUGGUGGCAACGACGCUCGCUUCCGCCCAGAAAAGGUUCUUGUGAUUCCCUAUGUCCACACUGUGUCACACAACCUACGGAAACUUGGCCGAAAGCUAAAGGACAGCUCGAUAGCGCAGCUCUUCCAGUGGGAAGAGCGAGAGGUGUCUCUAGUCUACACGCCUCACACACCCCUGCGCUCUGGCGCUGCAUUCUGCGACACGUAUCUCAAUAGCUGGUGGUGA